AUGGCCGCAGACUUCUGGGCUGGCUACAUCAGUGGAGCCAUCGGGAUCAUCAUCGGCAAUCCUCUUGAUGUCGUCAAAGUCCGGCUGCAGGCAGGAGACUCACAUUCAAAUGCACCAUCGACGCAAUUAACUCGCUUCGAAAGAGCAAAUUCUCUUAUUCGAGGCGCCGCUGCUCCAAUAUUAGGCUAUGGAGCCCUCAACGCUAUUCUUUUUGUUGCAUACAACCGCACUUUGACAGCAUUGGAUGGGCCCGUAACGGAUCCCACCAAUCCCGUCGGUGUCUCACCCUACAGCAUCUGGUUAGCCGGUGCCGCAGGCGGCCUAGCAAGCUGGACCGUCUCCUCCCCAACGGAGUUUAUCAAGUGUCGGGCCCAGCUAGAUCGCCGACCGGAAGUGUCAUCGUGGGCCGUGGCUAAAGACAUCAUCCGCACUCGCGGCUGGAGGGGUCUUUACUUCGGUGGCGCGAUUACUAGCGCCAGGGAUUCAAUUGGCUAUGGAUUCUAUUUUUGGUCUUACGAACUUUGCAAACGAUAUAUGACGUCCAAUGACGAGAGCUCGCACCAGGCGGCUUUGAAGGUUCUACUUUGUGGUGGGAUUGCCGGUGUUGUCACUUGGGCUUCGGUUUUCCCUUUGGAUAUGAUUAAGACUCGAUUGCAGGCGCAGACUAUCGCGGAUCAUUCGCCCCGGGCUACUGAGGCACAGUCUUUGCUACGACCGCAGGGCCAAACGCUCAAUUCUUUUCAAAUUGCGAAGGAGACGUAUCGUGCUGAAGGCAUCAAGGCAUUCUACCGGGGUCUUGGAGUCUGCAGUGUCAGGGCUUUCAUCGUGAACGCUGUUCAGUGGGCGGCUUAUGAAUGGUUGAUGAAGAGCUUCACUAAAUCUUUGGGCUCAGAGGUGAAAACCCAAGAGCCCAUGACAGCUGCAUAA